GAUAUCGUUCUCAUGGCUUAAGCUCCACUCAACUGCCUGCACGGUUUGAAUGAGUUUGCGAGCUGUGGAGGCGACUGUCGGCUGUUGCUAAUGCUGUAGAGGACCUUGAGGACUUGGACAUCUUAACGUUGACGUAUCAACCAGGGUCACACCAAGAUGGGUUAACAGCAGCCAGUAGAUUCUUCUCAGUUACAAUCAGCCAAAGAAAACGAAGCAUUCGCUUGAAAAACGGAACUCCUCCAAGAGGGAGAAAGCUAAACAAUGGGGAGGGGAAGUUCACUCCUAACACAAACCAACACAGAGUUGCAGCGGUGGUAAAGGUGCAGCCCCGCAAUCACUUUCUGCUGACUGGUGGGCUUGCGGUAGAGGGAGCUGCAGAGAGUGCCUUUGAUUUUUAUAUUCGGCCCGAGACGAUUAUCCGCACCGUACAAAACGCGCCGCUGGUAUUUUACAUCCUUCCGUCAUGCCGGUGGAAGUUAGCCAACAGCCGAGGCGGGGAUCCCUGGGAGAUCGUCUGUCGCCAACGUCUUCCAUCGUCCCCCUGCGCAUUCUCAACAAGGGGCCCGAGUAUUUCCGGGCGAACCGCCGGAGCUGCCAGGAGGGCGCCAUGUCCGUUCGGGAGCGACUCGAAGCCGACCGACUCAAGUACGUCAAGAGCCCCGACGCCGCCCGGCCAUCGUCCGUCGAGCUCGCGGCCGGCGGUGGCGGCGGCGGCGGCGGCGGCCUCAUCGUCGGCGCGUCGAGAGGGCGUAUCUGCUGCGGUGCCGGCAACCUGGACCUGGCGAUGCUGAGCAGCGCCAUCGGCAACCUGCACCAGAUCCGGCGGGAGGACCUGUGCCGCAAGAGCGGGCGCAGGACGCUGCCGCCACCGCCUGACCCCAGGCUCGCGUUCCGGCGCCGGAGCGACGGCUUCGUCCGUGGCGGCUCGGAGAGAGACGCGGCCUGCGGCGGCAACGGCACGAGCGCCAGGAGCAACGCGGUGGCCUUCAUCUGGAGGCUCUUUCAGGGUGUGGCGGGGGGCCGGGAGAGGCACGCCAGGCCGUCGGCCGGCAACGAGGAGGACGCGGGCCCCGAGUCGAAGGAGAAUCUGGGAGACGUCACCGACGGGGCCGCGGAGGCCAACCCGAGACCGGCCCGGCGAUCGGCGUCACGGGACGAGCCACAUCCAGCCCAAAGGCCGUCUUCUCUCAUUUUGCCGGGCGGCAAAACGGAGCCGGAUUCGUUCUUCGACGAGUGCGGCCUCGACCGGGAAAUCAUCGCGAGCUUGCGCGUGGGGCCAGGUGGGGGCGGCUGCGGCGGCGACUGCGGCAGUGUCGGCGCCGGCGCCAGCAGCAGCGUCUCCUCCAGCGACCCCGACUUCGAGGGAUUGUCGAAGCGGUGGCGCGACCACGACGGAGGGGAGAACGAUGGAGGGGAGGACCCAGCGCCGGCGCGAGUCUCGGUCGUCGAGCGCAACGCGAGGAUCAUCAAGUGGCUCUACGGGUGCCAGCGCGCCAGUUGCUUUUGAAGAGGGACGAUCGCUGAACGGCGGCGAGGGGCCGGGCGGCAGCGGACGUGCCGCGACAUGUCCGGCUCGCUGGUCGGGGCGGGCGUUGAGGUGUAGGCGGCCGAUACGUGAAAAGGUCGCAAGCUCGCACCUCCGAUGUGCACGGUUGGCUCUGUACGGUUGUGAAAGAAGUUCAACGUACGUUUGUGGCCAUCUCUAGAAACUGACAGUUAUUCGCCACGCACAAAUGUUCUCGUGUGUAAGUGGAGUUCCGUUGAGUGUCUCCGUGUAUGAAUGACCGUAUGUUUUGGUCCGCUGGCCUAUUGGUUUUCAAGACGAAUAUUACCCAGCAGCAUUUGUUCAAGCGCAAGGAAAAUCUGGACUCGUGUCGACCCUCCCGAAUCUCAUCGGUGUUACCGAGUGCAAAGAGGUUGUCCUGGACAAAAGAAUGUCGCGCAAACUGCUUGAAUACAUGGUGAGAUGCUUCGCAGUGCUUUAGAGAGGUAACCAAACGCACGCGAGGCUCCUUAGCCUCGCGUGCGGGGAAAGGUUAGGAUUUGUGGACAUCUGCAGAGCAAACGUUAUGCGCCAUAGUCGGCAGGGCAGUUAUGCUGACGGUGGGAUAAACGACGUCGCAUCGUGCGUGCGGAGGGACGUUGAAUGCAUCACGUCGUGAGUUUUCCCAAGCAAAAGUAGAGCAGAGGCAUUUUGUGCCCCUUCCAGGCUCGCGUGGCUACCGGCUGCUGAGAACUUACAACCAGGGCCUGGUUACGUUUGAUGGGGAGGGGGGGGGGGGGGGGCGUGGGAGUUAAAAUAAAACUAAAUUGAGGGGAAGGCUCUCUCUGUUCAUUCGCUUCGUUUCGACGCCGUCUGCUCCAACAUGGUUGUUUUAGCUACGGCGUUUUCACGUAUGACGUACAAACGAAUUGUCAAUCGAAAAAUUCAGGUGAAGCAAAUUUUAUUUUGACUCGCGACUCGGUUAGUUAGUAAGAGCCAUCGUGCUGCAAUGGCUUUAAUCGCAACAAAAAAAAUGUACCUGUAAGAUUUCAUCACGGUGCUACAAGUGUCGCACUUCAACCGUUUUACAGCAGCCGGGGAACGGAACGCAUCCGUGGAGAGGACGACCGCCGAGAGAGAUGGAGCCGUGAGAUCCAUUUGUGUGAAGGUGCUGGGUGGACCGUUGUAUUGCUGGAUCAUGAUUAGAGGUGGGGGGAGGCCUUCAUCCAGCAGUGGAUUGACCAAGGUUGACAGUGAUGAUUUAUAUUUAGUUAACCCAUCAGAAUUCAAGGCGCCUCUGAGUGCAGCCCCGACUGUCCCUGCGUUAAUCCGACCCUGCCUACAUUAACGUCUGGGUUGUUUUGGUUUCCUGAAAAUGACUGGGAUUUAAUAAAGUUACGUAAUUGAAAGUU